AUGGCUAAGGCUUCCUGCUCCCCGCUGAUGGGCUGGAACAAGUCGCUGGCAAUCGGUCUACUCAUCAUCAUAUGGGUUUUCUGGAGUGUGAGCUCACUCGGGCCCGGCGCAGCCGACGAUGUCAUCUCCCGGCUCCCUUCUUUUCCUACUGGUGGUGCCUCACCACCAUCAUCGGAUGCGAGUAUACGACCGCUCGUCUUGUACACAUAUGCCGAGUCAGACAAUGCACGGGAGAACCUGGCCUUUUUUGUCAAGAACGGGCUGCACGGGAAUGCCGAUUUCGUCUUCAUCUUUAACGGCGAGACGAGUGCCGUCGACCUGCUGCCAAAGGCGCCCAAUGUCCGCAUAAUCCAGCGAGACAACAAGUGCUUCGAUAUUGGCGCCAUGGGCGAGGUGCUGCGCCAGGACGAUCUGUGGAAGAAGUAUAAGCGGUUCAUCACCAUGAACGCGAGCAUCCGGGGGCCCUUCUUCCCGGUGCAUUCCCCAGGCUGCUGGACCGACACGUUCCUCAACCGGAUCACAGACAAGGUUAAGCUCGUGGGCACGUCUCUCAACUGCCACCCCCGGGUGCACCUACAGUCGAUGCUCCUCGUGACCGACGACGUGGGCAUGUCCAUCCUCCUCGACCCAGAGCUCGCACUGAGCGCGUCCGUGGACGACUUCUACGGCACCUCGAAGGAUCCCGUCGGCUUCUCGCCCUGCUUCAGCACCCUGCACAAAGCAGUCCACGCCGAGAUCGGUAUCACGUCGCUCAUCCAGUCCCAGGGCUACGAGGUCGAUGUCGUCAUGACCGCGCCCCAUUCGGCCGAGAGCUUCGACGCCUUCUGCGCCAAGGUGGGCAGGCCCGACGACUUCCUGUACAAGGACCACUACCUCGGCACCAACGUGCACCCGUACGAGACGGUCUUCAUGAAGGCGAACCGCGAGAUCGACCCCAUGUUGCUGCAGAGGCUUACCGAGUGGCACUUGGCCGGGAAUAUGUCGAGCUGGGAGACCUGUGGGCGAUGA